CAUGAUGCACACCUUCAAGGCUGGGCCUUGAGCCAGGACACAAAUCUGCUUCCUCGUUUACACAGCAUGAGCCACUCCUCCUGCUCUGGGACCGUUUCCUCGUUCCCGAAACAAGAGGAAGAAGUUUGGAGUCGAAAGAGUUCUCAAUGUCUUGCUUGCCUUGACUCUCCAUUCCAUCGUCCUGGCCCUUCAUCUGAACCCCAUGUCUUCCUUUGGAGUGGCCCACUUACCCAGUUGGAUGCGAUCCCUUCUGUGGAAGAAAGCAACCAUCAAAAACCUCCCAGAGGAGCUCCUCCUCGACAUCCUCUCUCUGGUCCCGAAGAAGGACUUGGUCCUCAGCUGCUGCCGGGUUUGCUCUCACUGGAGGGAUCUGGUGGACCUCCCUAUGAUUUGGAAGCGCAAGUGCCGGCGGAUGGGCUUCUGCCUGGAGGAGUCGGAUAGUGACCUCCCAGACUGGAGGUCCUUCUACUUCCAACAGAGCCAGAGGAACCUGGUCAAGAAACCCUGCAGAGAAGGUGGGUCCUUUUGGUCUGCAUUUGAGAAUCAACAGGGAUGGAAACUCUUCUUUUUUAUUUGGGACCUUUUGAUAGAUUUCUUUGAUUUCUGGGAAUUGACGAACCAGCCUCAUUGGGAUGUCUCCAGAGACCUGUCAGGUGAGUCGGGAGGAUGCGUCCAGUUCUCUGAAGCGUGUCCGAAGAUUCCCUGUCCGCCGCAGGAGGUCCAGAGAUGCUUUGUUUUUAGCAGUACGGGUUGGCGUCAGUGCGGGAUGAAGCGGCAGCGGAUUACUUUGCGGGAGGAAGGCUACUCAGACCAGCUGAUGGACGAAUCCAGGCCCAAAAUAAUCAUGAAAGACUGGCACUAUUACACCUGGAAUUGUCCGAGUAGCCAACUCCAUGUGAAGCUGCUGUCGGCUGGAUUGGAGGUCCUCCAAGAAUGCACCCUACCAAAGAAUUAUAAUGGUGAUUGGUGGAAUGAGGUUUCACACACUUUUGAGAGCUACCCUCCCGGCGUCCAUCACAUCAAUGUGAAGCAUAUCGUGCAACGGAGUGAUUUAGUCAAAAUCACCGGCACCAGCGUGUCAACGCUGAAGAAACAAGCGGAAGGAGCCGCCACCACUGAUGGACUGGGUGCUUUGCGGAUUCCUUGGGCCAGACACCCUUUCUUUCCCUCGACUUUCCAAAGCAAAGUCCAAGUUCUUUACGGCGGGACAGAUUUGUUCAACUACAAGGUCCGGAAGACCUUCAACAACGACAUGUUGCUGGCCUUCAGCAGCAGCAGUUGCAUCGCUGUCCUGGCCUAUAUCCUCGCUUCUUGCUCCGUCUUCCUCUCGUUCUUUGAGAUUCCUAGUAUCGGACUCAGCUGCCUGGUGGCCCUUUUCCUCUACCAUGUGGUCUUUGGGAUCCAAUAUUUGGGAAUCCUGAACGGAGUGGCGGUUUUUGUGAUUGUCGGGAUCGGUAAGUUGAGUUACCCUUCCUAGUAAUCACCCAGCAAAUCUUUCGGGGAUUGUGGGUGCUGAAGUACAGUUUCUUUGCUCUAAGAUAUAGAUUCAAGGUCCUGGGAGACAUAGAGCUCUAGGAUUUAGAUCCAAGUCCCUGGGAGACAUAGUGCUCUAGGAUAUAGAUGUUAUCGAGACCGCAAUUAGCCCAGAUCUGCCCUGUGAGGGAGAUCCGACCGCUCCGAGGAGGAGGGAACGAGCCUUGGCGAGCCGUCAGGGAGGCAGAAAAUAACCCGGAAUAUAAAUUUACCUGAGAUCGAAAGGAAAAGACUCUGCCAAGUUGAAGGAAAAAACUGCCAAAGUGUUUAUUUAGCGAUUCAGCUGAACGGACAUCGAGCAGCGAUAGAUCGACAUGCAAGAUGUAACGAUACAUUGGAAAUAAAGCCAUUUUAUACAUUUUACAAGUUUGAAUAUUUGAACUUCCCUCCCCGUCCCUCUGCUCAUCUGGCUGCUGAUAGGUCGAGGGUGUCACACUAGGCGGGAGCUAGGCUUCCCGCUCUGCAUCCUGGCCAAUGAGGGACAACCUUCGCCUCUGCCAGGGCCAAUCGGGUUGGGGAAGGCGGGAGUCAACUAGACAAUGGGUUCUGGUGAAUGAAUCAUUGGGGUUAUCUUAUGCAAAAGCGACCACCUGAGGCUAGCGCCUUCCAAGAUAAUCUUAAGAUUAUUGCUGUUUUUGAAUAGGGUCAUUUGGGUUGUCCGGGGUCCUUUACGCACGUACACUGUUCAUGAAUACCUUGAGGUAUGGCGGAGAUGUCAGUUUAUAUUGACACUAUGGGAGUACGGAGACAGGACCAGUGGGGAGUCUUCCUUUUGGCUCCCCAGGGGUCCAGGAUGGGAUUGUGGUCAACAUUACCAUAUGAAAUCUUAUCACCCGUGGGGCUGCUCCGAUUUAGGGGUCAAUCUCUGGCUAUGGGCCAUGCAGUUGCAAAAUAGAUUAAAUCUUUUUGGUGACAGUUUACCUUCUUAUAUGUGUGAAGCCCAGAAUUUUAGGGUGAGGGAAUGCAGGAAUUUCCAGGGGUUAGCUAGAGUUCAGACUUGAUUAAUUGAUUAAAAUAUACUAGGGGAUAUAGAAAAUCAUAUCUUAUCAAUUUCCACCCAAAAUUGCCGAAAAAUAUAC